UGUGCGCCGAGGUGGUGGGCAAGCAGUUUUCCUGGUGUGCCGCGUAGUGUAGUGCUUUUCCCUCGCGUCGUCUCGCGGUCCGUGUGCCAGUGCCCAUGAGGCGUACGCGGUCCCACCAACGUAUCAAGGAGUGCCUUUAGUACGAAGUCUGAGUCUACCUGGGAGCGUUUAAGGAGCACGUCCCCCGAGUCCCCCCCAGCCAAAAUCACACGCCUUACCUCUCCCCUGUCCUCCUUGUCCUCUUCCGGUCCCAUACCCCCCGCGAGCUCCGGCAAGAUUCGCCGCAACAGCAUCAGCCGCAUCUCCGCAGCCGCAACCGCAGCCAUGGACGGCAUCGACAACAAGCCAGUGCUCAACGACGACCCCUCGGUCACCCUGACGAUUCGCCUCAUCAUGCAGGGAAAGGAAGUCGGAAGCAUCAUCGGGAAGAAAGGAGAGAUCGUCAAGAGGUUCCGCGAGGAGUCCGGCGCGAAGAUCAACAUCUCGGACGGCUCCUGCCCGGAGCGGAUAGUGACCGUCACCGGGCCGACCAACUCCAUCUUCAAGGCGUUCACCCUGAUCUGCAAGAAGUUCGAGGAGUGGUGCUCGCAGUUCCACGACAUCCAGGGGAGCGGAGCAGGAGGCGGCGGCGGAGUCCCCAGGCCGCCGAUCACGUUGCGCCUCAUCGUGCCCGCCUCCCAGUGCGGCUCCCUCAUCGGCAAGGGGGGCUCGAAGAUCAAGGAGAUCCGCGAGGUGACCGGGGCCUCGAUCCAGGUCGCCUCGGAGAUGCUGCCCAACUCGACCGAGCGCACCGUCACCAUAUCGGGAACGAGCGAGGCCAUCACGCAGUGCAUAUACCACAUCUGCUGCGUCAUGCUAGAGUCCCCUCCCAAAGGUGCCACGAUCCCUUAUCGCCCCAAACCCCAAGUUGGUGGGCCAGUGAUCCUGGCUGGUGGGCAAGCCUACACCAUCCAGGGUAAUUACGCGGUGCCCGCCCACUCGGACGUAAGUACAGUAUUGCCAUUGCCCGCCCCCCCUGCCGGGCCUGCCCCACCCUCGCUGAACGCCCAAACUUUGACUUCGCCCUUCGCGGCCCACCCCUCCUCGCCCUUCGCCGCUUCUCAUGGCCAUCCCCUCCUGCCGGCUCACCUAGCCUCCCCUCACCAUCCCCUCCAGCCCAGCCCCUUACACGCCAGCGUGGCAGGCCUCGCCGACCCCCUGCUGAAGAGUGGACACUUGCAGGCAGCCCUCCCGCCCGCACACCUCGUGGCAGACGUCAUGGGCAAGCUCGGCAGCAACCCGUUGGCAGGACUCGCGGCCCUCGGCCUCGGAGGACUGGCAACGCCUGCGAACACCGGUGGACUGAACCCGGCCGGUAAGUCAUUGGCGGCCCUUGCCGGUAGUCAGCUGCGCACCAGCAACACCAACCGGCAGCAGCCGGCCGCGAACAAUCAGACGCACGAGAUGACGGUGCCGAACGAGCUGAUCGGGUGCAUAAUCGGCAAGGGCGGCACCAAGAUCGCGGAGAUCCGCCAGAUCUCCGGCGCGAUGAUCCGGAUCAGCAACUGCGAGGAGCGGGAGGGCGGCGCUACCGACCGCACGAUCACCAUCACGGGGAAUCCGGAUGCCGUGGCGUUGGCGCAGUAUCUCAUCAACAUGAGGAUAUCCAUGGAGACUGCAGGAAUGGCGAUCCCCGCGUAUCACUACAUCACCCCGAAUCACAUCGUGAAAUCUCCGAUCCAUUAAAUGGAGAGCGAGAUCCCCGCAGGAGGACGCCGUCGAAGGACGCAGGGCGUCUUGACGCACGCGACGCUGUCAAUGGCAUCUGGGGCUGGGCCACACACUGUGUUCAACCAGCUUGCUAAACCGACACACGAACAGACACUCACGUACACCGACGGUGUGACAGAGUUAGAGAGAGAAAGCGAGCGAGAGAGAGGGCGGAGAAGUAAUCGGGGGAGAAAGAAAGAGAGAGGGCUAAAUAGGAAGAGAGGGACAGGCACGCGUGCGAGCGCAAGGUACGUACACGGAGGACACACACGGACACACGGUGACACACACGGACACACGAGUGUACAAAACUGUACAAAAGAGAUAAAAGAAGCACGCCGCAGCCCCACGCUGCUGCCGAUUGGUAAAGGGAACAAGCCAAAGAUACGUUAGUUUUCAUUUUUAUAUUUAACGAGAAAAAAAAGCGAGAGAGAGAGAGAGAGAAAGAGAGAAAGAGAGCGAGCGAGAGAGCGAAAGAGAGAGAGAGAGAGAGAGAAAAGAAUUAUUGCGAUGCUAAUACUCUCUAGAACGAUUGUUAGUGUUUUUUAUUGCGACUUCCCGGCGCGGCUGCGCGGGGAGGGCGCGUUCUCGCGGCGGAACAGGCGAGGCGGAAGUGCGACAGGGAUUAUUUAGUCCCUCGGGAGAGACGCCUGAGGGUCAGGGUAUCGUUGGGGAACGUCGGGAAGGUGUGCCAAACAAACAGAGGGGUGUUUCGAUCGCGCGAUGGGGGGGUCGACGGUCGCGGAAAACGGCCGUUUCUGUCACCGGGUAGUCCGUGGUGGAACUCCGACGCGAGUGGAUCGAGGAAAGCGAGUCGGUGCGACAGGUGAAGUCGUCCACCUGACGAUCAGCUGAUUUUCUGACCGCCGAGGGGCACCAUGCGGGCGAUCAGCUGAUCCGCCAACCACGUGGUCGACCACCGCACUGACAGAUGCGGGCAGAUCAGCUGACUUCUCGCUCGCCCACUCCGACAGCUGGCGGUCGCGACUUCCCCUCGCUCUUGGCCGCCGAAAUUGCGGGGAUCAUGAGGUAAUAAAAAUAAUCGCGAAGUAAUUACGUAGGUGAGUAGCUUUUGCAUGCGGACUCGGAUUCGGAAUCGGUGAAAAUAUUGAGCGACCGUCGUCGUCGUCGUCAUGGUCGUCGCGAGUGCGCGAACCCUCCGCGUGGCCGGGGCGAGACGGGUGGUCCGAGGGUGAGCUUUCUUCCGCCCUCUUCCGUCGAGUACUUUCACUUCCUCUUCCUCUUCCUCGUCGGGAGGCAACGGCGACGCGACGGGGAUCGCGGUGCGAGGGAAAGGGCGAAAAUCGCCGGGUCGCGGCUCGCCUCGACCGCGCGGCGCGCGACCGAUUUCUGUUAAAGGAACAAAUCAUUACGUGGAUUAUAAAUAACGAUAUAUAUUUAUUAUACGAUAAACAAAUUAAUUAGGCGAGAUAGUAGCUAAUGGAGAAGUGCGAGGCUCGGAGUACGGCUUUGAGUAUAGGAGGCGUCCCUUUUAUCCCCGGACCCUUACCCUCCAGGACCCGCCCUCGACCUCCGACCCGUCGAGGUCGGCGGUUCCUUUCUUGAGGAUGGAACGGCUCGAAAUCUCUAAACGGAAUUCGACGGUGCUUUUCGGAAUCGCAAGGAAUUUAACCGCCCGACCUCGGUCACAUCGAUGCGUUUCUCCGCUCGGUCCUUGUUCCUUUUUCCCAGCCAAUCGUCCUCGCUAAGGACGAGGAAAAAAAUCGACAACUGGAGAGACGUUCCCCGAAAUGUCUCCGCGAUGAUAAACCGGCGAUAAGCUCUUGCACCCUUCUUCAGUCCGGCUGGAGAAGGGUGCAAGAGGAGAUAUCCGCGGACUCUUGACAUAUCCUCGAUUCGCCCUCGAGUACUUCCGAUGCGUGCCAAAUGAAAAAUCGAUAGCAGGGAUAGAUAAGGGAAUCCGUGCAUAUCCGUGCUUCCUGUCCCCUCCCCUACUUCCGACCGAUAAGCAAUGCUCGCGUUAAGUGUUGAAAAAGAGUUUUCCGAAAUUCCCAAUUAAAUAUCCUCGGCAAGGGAUUCGCUCUGUAGUGCAAAUUUCUCUCUACUUCGGCCCACGGACGUUCGCCUCUUUCGAGAUCCUCCUUUCCGCUAACUUUCGGCAAGUUUUCACAGCCGGGCCAACCGAAACCGAUUUCGUUUCAAACGCCUAUUUAAAAGGAAUGGUAUUAGUUUCACUUAUAAUGGGUUCUCGAACUCCUUUUUGAUAUAUACAGAUAUAUAUAUAAAUAUAUAUAUAUUUUAGAUAGAAAUAUAGUUUGUUUCCUGUUUAAGGGAUUAAUGAAAGUGGGCUAGAAAAUAGGUUCCCGAGAAUCUAUCAAUAAUUAGCUUAAUGAGGAAAAAAAAAAUGUGUGAAAAUGGUGGAAAAGAACCUUCGGUGGAACGUGUAGUAUUAUAUGAGGUUUUAAUGGCAGAAUACGACGUCGCUAACUGCUGUGAUUCAUCGGCAUUAUUCGUCAUUUAUUGUAAAUGUAAGGCUUAAUAAGGUACGGUAAAAGUAACGUUGAAAACGUGGAAAGGGAUUCUUUGUUGUUUUAAAAGGUCGGACCUUUCGGCGAAUAUUGGACAGAGAUAAGGGAAACUAUAUAGUGUUCUUGGAAUCGUUAUCUUCCAAUUUGCAUUUUCAAUGCGUUUAAGGGCGCGGCCAGGCGGCCCUAAUUGUAAAUAAGUUUCUAAAUCCAUCUCCCAUUUUCUAUUUUAAAUAGGUCUUUGGAGGUACUUUGAUUUUUGUAGCCUAUGUUAGGGAUUUGUAAAUAACUGUCGGAUAUAUAUCGUUCAUCCGACCGAUGGUCCGCCGUCUGAGUUGCCUUCUUCUCGGUUAUUUAUUAAAUUAUUUAUUUAUUUCGUCGACCCCUUCGAGGCUUUCCCCUUAGACCCCGCAGAACGUUGGGACCAGAGACCGCGCGUUAUCCGAUCGAGACCGUCUUAUCACCCGGGGCCCGAAAAAUCGUCUUAUCAAUCGCGCCUCCACCGCGGCAAACAAUUUUCAUCCCCUACGAAACAUCGAUUCAACUUCGAUUAAAAAAAUCUCCCCUCUACCCUCGACCUUUCUUGAAGAAUUUCUCGCCCUAAUUAACAUAAUUAACAACUGUGGAAUAUUUAUUAUCUGAAUUUUUCUUGAAUCGGGCCCCCCACGGUCUUAUAAAAUCACCAGAGCGUUCAUAUCAUCGAUUCGCGGAUUUGCACAUAAAAGUGAGGCCUUGACCCGACCGGACGUCCCUUUAGCGAAGACACGAACCCCGCUUCGAGAAGAAAAUUGGAAAAACAAAUGAAAAUUCCCCGGAAAACCCAUUUUCUCCCCCAGGCCCUCCCCUCACCCUCUGUCCCGCAAAAGGCAACAGGAACCCGUGUCGCGAACCAUGACAAAAAAAGGAUUCAAAAAAAGAAAAUAAACCUAGCAAGCAGUAUCUCUCUCUCUGCGUCACCUUCUUUGUCACCCUCCGUGCGAUACCUCACCUUCCACCCACCCACCCCCUUCUCUCCGUCUUUCUCUCGCCAAUGAAUCGAUAUUUCAAUCGAGUGUCGUUCGAGACGUAGCCUCUGCUAUAAGGAAAAUCCAAGAAAUACGAGAAAACCAGUUAGUGAGAGACGCUGUAUGAUUGUGUAUAUCAACAAUAAAUAUUGCUGUGAUUAGAAUUCGAAUAUAGUGGUAGCGUUUAAGGACAAUUUUGUAAAGAGACGUCGGAGCAAAAGAGGGACCGCGGCCCUCGGCGUCGCGACGCUCGACGGUCGACCUUUGGCCGCGCAAAAUGGGAAACUCGGCCGGAAAAGCUCUUUUAGGAAGAGACCGGAAGAGAGAGUAGCGAGGAAAUGGGAAAAGCGAGACGGGUCGAUUUCGGGGCGAAGCGAGCGAAUACGGAGAUUCUGCCUUAUUUUGUCUCUCUUCUUUUUCCCCCUCUUUUAAUUUUUCUUCACAUCUUUUCUAAUUUUCCAUUCUUUUUCACAUUUUUUUCCUUCAGGCCAAUCGAGUCGGACCAGCCAUUUGUCCAUUGUUUCACCGUCGAUUGACGAUUGUCGCGGUUCGAGGGUUACCGUGCUCGAGUUAUCGCGAAUGUCGAAUAUUCUCUCUUCUCCCAUAGGAAGGGGUUAUCUUUCCGGAAUUUCCCGCGGAUACGAAAUUCCGCGAUCGAGCUUACGGUGUUCCCUCCCGACGAGGCUCGCCUCGACCUCGUUAGCGAGGUUCCCACCGAAAAAAAAACCGGGCAUUGAUUUCCCCAGGACCGGAAGUAGCGAGUCGCGAGCUCGCGCUACCGAGAUGCAUAUCCCGCGACACAUAUGAUUAGGCUACGAUUUAUCUAUCUCGCUCGUAUUUAUCCAAAAGGUGUACACGCUAUUACGGGGUUUCUCUCUGGCCCGGCGAAGACGCGCAGAGAGAGAGAGAGAGAAUUAGAGAACGAGAGGUGAGAUCGAGAGAGCCGCACUGCCGACCCUCUCGACGCCUCUCAACAAUCAUCGGUUUUCUUAGGGUGGAGUAGAUGCUAAGUGUCUCGUACCGAUCGUUUGUUAAGCAUUAAGGAAUAACUCUAACUCCAUAACGAUAUUUGUCCGAGCCGAACCUAACACGAGGGCAGGAGUUCCCCUGGGAGGGUACCAAAGAGUUGCCAAAGUCUGGAAAAUCGAUCCUUAUCGAAAAUCUAAUUCUCUCUAUCAGCCGAUGGAGCUCGAGAUGCGAGAUGAACAUUGUGGCAAACUCGGUCUCCCUGAUUUUACUCGAUCCUGUAUAUCGAUCCAGGAUUUGGACACACAUCUAUGGGAACUCCUGCACGCGUGUAGGGCUCGCUCGAAGGUUUGGUAGCUGCAUUAGUCGUUCGUUUCGAGAUUCAGUGGUGCCAAAAAGCGUUUAUUUCUCUUCCCCUUUCCUGGACCCAUAAUUCAGGACCCCAGGGACGGACUCGCGCGUAUAUCUCCAGGCCUUCGUGGAUUUGCUCCAUUUUCCCCAUUUUCUAUUUCCUGUCUCUUAAAGGAAUUCGCUGUUCCCGGGAUUACUCCCACAUAUCUGUCCCGUAAUUGUCACCAGGAGUCCACCUGGAAGUUGAUGUCGAAAUCAAUGGAGGAGCCAAGUCCAAAAUGGGGACGCUUGAUUAUGCAUAAAUGGCUGCAUGUAGGGCCCUAUACGUCUCGUUAGGGGUACAUCCAGGGACUUGAAGGUACGCUUAUCGGAAAACGCGUUAACUCGUCCCUAGGGCCAGGAAGGAAGUGAUGAGCUGCCCUUAAAUCAGGAUCCCUGUUCCAUUCAAGGUCCCCUUCGAUUCCCUCUCGUUAAUCACUCUCUCUUAACCAGUUAAAUGUUUUUCGUGAAUAUACUCUUCAUGGAAACACUUUUCAAAGUGGCCUCAAUAGCUAGCUGGUUAAUCAGGAGUCUGCCAAAAAGAAAUAUAUGAAAAUUAACGAGCAGCUCGUCGCUUCUGGGGUUAAAAACUCAGCCCCCGACCUCUCCCUUCGUGACCUCGACUUACGUCAACGGACCUCUCGGAGGUUCGUCGAUUUUACGUCGAGGUCUCGAAAACGUUUCGUUGAUGGCGUAGAGCAAUCUGUUUAGUGCAGGGGCCUUAUCCUUACUGCGCGGGCCCUGGCCGAUUUUCGACGUCUCCAUGGGCAGCUUCCGGGUCUCGGACCCCAUAGACGCGAUUUGGGAACCCGGAGGGGCUCAUGGGGAAUCCCGACCAUCGGACAUGUGCCCAAACGUUACCGUAACGCAAGGCAAUCAGCUAAGAUAUAUAUGAACUUAGUUUUUAUAGAAUAUUGUGUCGCGCCCGACAGGGCCGAGCGCGGCGGGAACUUGUGAGAGAAAGAGUGAGAGAGGACAAGCGAGCGCCGAGAGCGGGAGAUAGAGAGAGAGAAUGAGACAGGUGGAUGCGAAGUCCGAGAAGAGAGGUGUCGGUGCGCCCUUAGAAUUUUUCGAGAUGUAUUUUUUCUAAGCGAUAGCGAGGCGAGGUCCCAGUGCCAAUAUCGCGAUUCGCUAGAAUCGAGAACCUACUCGAUCGGCCCUAGUUUUAUUCCAACACGUGCCAAGGUACUUUGGAGAUUCACGUGCCAAAAGUCGAGGUUGAGGAUUAUCGGCUAUGUUAAUUAUUAUCGCUCCGGGGACCCUCGGAAAGAAAUUAAUCGAGAUCCCCGGGAGGCGGUGGCGGUCCGACACACCGGCACUUCGACGUCGGGAAUUCUUAAAAGUGUUAAAAAGAGAGCGCACCGCGGCCGGACAAAUGAGAGACAGGGACACGUACCUACGUUAUGACCUUAUUAAGCUUUAAUUGCGCAAGUCGAAAAAAGUCUGAAUUCGUAGCUACGUUAAGGGAGGCGAACGCCGUCGAGUCGAUCGGCCUCCUCGUCCUGACUGGAAGGAUCCGAAAGGAGAUAUUAGGAAUGAAUUCGAAGAAAAUCCCGCGGUUUGUGUCGUAAAUCGGAGAUAACUUUGGUCAGGCUUUAUCAGAGACUUCCGGCGAGGGCGAGAGGACGUCCGGUCGAUCUUCCUCCGGGAAACGGCCGCUUCCGCGAGAUGUAUAUUCCCCUCUCUCCUAGGUAAACUCGAGUUUCCUUUUCGAGAUCAGGAGCGCCAUUUUGUCUUCCGUUAGCUCUUCCUAGGUUGACCCCUUUUGCGCCGACCCGAAUCCUCGAAAGGGAGCAGCUUCUAUCGUCAUUCGUUGUUCGGUCCUGCCCCUCGGCCAAAAUCAACUUACGUUACGAAGCCUUCAAAGAAACAGGGUCAUAAAAAUACUUACGAGUAACGUACGAGUAUUAAAGGAGACAUUUUUUAGGGGUGGCCGGCGGACGACGCGGAGCGCGGUUAUGGCGCCGAGGGAGAUAGAAAGGAGCCGCCUCGAAAAAGGAGAAGCCGCUCGUCAAAGAGGAGGGAGACCUCAAUGAGUAUCUCGUUUCGGAUCGAAUAGACCCUGGGAUAUUCCGUGUCAAAGGAAGCAGCUCUAGAUUCUCGCAAAAUCGCCCCCUCGGAAGCGAUCCCUCGCGGAACUCUUUCCGCGGCAUCGGCGCUUUGAUCUCGAGGCCGCAAUUUGCGACCUCUUCCCCUUGAAUUAAUUUCGCAAAAAUCGCCCCUCCACUUUAAAGUGCGAUUCUCACCUGCGGCUUCUCCAGGGAACUUCACGGGGUGAAUUUAAUCGGGUCCUUUAUCCUCUAAGAAUUCUUAUCUCGAUCCGGCUUCUCCUUCUCGACGAGCGGAUUCGAAUUUCGCGCGUUCGCAGAGAUUUUCGUUUGGACGCCGAUGGCGGGCGAUGUGUAAAAAGGGACGGAGAAGAAAUAAAUAAAUAAAAGCGUCGGCAACUCGUGGAAGGCGUCGUUCACUCCGCGAUCGAUUCUCUCGCACGGCUAAAAGUACAUUAUUCCAGGGUAAAGUGUUUUGUAAAAUUGUCUGGGUACGGCAAUAUUUAUGUAAGAAGAAUAAGGUGAAGUUAGAGCUGUAACGGGCGAUACUUAUUAACGAUUAAAUCUCACGCGGUAAGGAGAGAGCGAGAUGAGGCGGGAAUUUGGAAAAUGGAAGAGAGAGAGAAAGAGAGUCGUACACCUACGGGUAGCGAGUAGGUACGCGUAUGGAGAUUAAUAUAUAUUAUACACGUAAGUUAAGAGAUAAUUUACGAGAGGGGCACGAGAAAGAGCGCACGGAAACGGGAGCAGCGGCGAGCGCCACGUAUUAAUAUAUGUAUAGAGAUUAAAGAAGAGGAAAAAAUGAGUGGAGGAAAGGGUGAAAGAGGAAGCCAUGGUGAAUGGCGAAUAAGGCAGGCUUUGCGAGUCGUGUAUAAGAGUGCGAUUGUAUCGACUGGUGUGGAAAGGAGUGCUUUACGUUAGUGGACUACUUUAACCCAUAGCUCGACGUACAUAUCUCUUUGAACUCGGUUCGAGCCCGACGCGAGUGGAGGCGAUGGUCAAAUAAUGUCUAGAUACCGAAAAAUCCGACACCUGGACACGAAACACUUGUACACCUUGCUUCGGAGGUACAAAAAGGUUGGAUAUGAUUUAUGGCGACGAAUCGAAUAUUCUAUCUCGUUAAACUCGAGUCCAGGUGCUUCUAUCGUAACUCGAGGGACUAACGUGAGAAAUCUAAUUCAGAUCGAUUUAGGCACCGAGGAAAAAUAAUAGUUUGAAUGAUAUAUGACUGCGAGAAACAAUUAUUUCGUUAAGAAGAAAUAAUCCACUGUAUUGAUUGUAAAAUCUUCGACUCGUCCCGUGAAUGGAGUGUUUCUACUUCUUAUCGCCGGAAAGUGGAACUUUUCAGGUUCCGGGACCAUCGCGUCCAGCCGAGCUGGGCGGGUCGCGAAGUAGGAACUGUAUAGACCCGAGAUAUAAGACAUAAGUGACCCUCGCCCAAAAUCAGUCUACAUAUCAGACUUCUAGCUAGGCGUCAAGUUUUACCCCCUCGAAGUACCCUUAAAGGACCCUCGCCUUGGACCCCUCCCUCCUCCGAGAUAUCCACCUUGAUCGAUCAGUCGUUCCCGAAGCGUAUAGCGUAUCCUAGGGAUAAAUCAUAUCUACCGUACUACUAUUACUACUCCUACCACUAGUACUAUUACUGCUACUACUAAUCUACUACCGCUGCUAUACUACUACCACGCCACUUUGUCGCCACCCGCCACCACCCACACACCACACACGACACACCGAGACAUAUCUCAGCCAGCUGACGGAUACUUGAUGACCGAUCGAUCCGAUAACCAAUCGGCGGUAUCGAUAGCCGAUCGACAUAGAAGUUUUGAUCCAGGAACGAGCCGAGCUCGUCGAUCGUUUGGACAGAAUCGAGAUAUCAAGAGUUUCCGGUGAGUGAAACCACUGAUAAGAAGGAAGGGCAGGAUAAGGAAGAAUCGGCUUGCUCCUGGAAUUAAGGGAAAAAGUCUCGUCGGUCAGUUAAUAGCCAACUCGAUGAUUUUCCAUGAUAAUUCAUCGAUGGUAUCGAUCGAUCGGCGCUGAUCGACCCGGAAAUUCGGAUCGAUCGGCACCGAUCCACCCGAAAUUUCCAAUCGAUCCAGAAAUUCCAAUCCAGGAACGAGGCGAGCUCCUAUCGUUUGUACUGAGAUUUUUCAUCGAUAUCAGGGCUUUCCAAUGAAACUACCGAUAAGAAGGAGGAAUAAGAAAGAAUCGGCUCGCUCUUGGAGCGAAGGGAAAAAAAGUCUCGUCAGCCAGCAGAAGGAUGGCGAGGACCCUCGUCCCUUCGCGCGUUCUUCUACUCCUUCUUCCUCCUCUUGAUCUUCUUCGUCUGUACAGAGCUGCAUAGAGCUAUAAUUCCCGGAGAGAAUGGGGAAGGAAAUUGUCUGACAUUGUGAUAUAACGAGGGAAGGAAGGAGACUCUGCUCGGAGAAGGAGCGACGGGACGUGCAAUCGCAGGACAUGCGUGUCCUUCGCGCGAGUUUCGAGACCCCCUGCUUUCGCGAAUACGCGAAGAGUACUUUCGGCCGUGCAUUGUUAUGUAUUUUCUAUUAAUUAUAUAUUUACGCGAUCGGUAGCUCCCCUUGUUGAUUAGUUGACGCGUAGUGAGACACCCAAGAGCAGCGAUCGAGGCAGGAUUCUCAGCUUCUCAGGAUUUUACGGGAUUUUUCUGAAAGAUAAAUUAGUCCUUACUAAAAUUUCUCUUAAGAAUAAUAAAACUAAUCGAAUCUCAGUGAAAAUCUUGAAUCUACUCCUAGAAGAAAAAAAAAGAAAUAGAAAGAAGGGGAACCGAUCAUUAAAUAUCAAGCUCCCUCCCUUGCAAGCCCCGUUUUUUUAAAUCUUUCCGGAAGUUCCCUCGUAACUGAAGUGCAUACUCUCCUCGGGCCCAACUUUCGAUUAAGAGAUGAAAAGAAUCGGGAAAGAAAAUGAGAGAACAAAGAAGAGGGAGGUCGAAGUUCCUGCCGAAAUAUGAAAUUCUGGGGAAAUAUUGCUCCGCGUUUCCCCGCAGAAUUCCCUUUGAGGAAGUCCCUCGUGAGCCAAGGUUAUUAAAUUAUAUAAUAAUAAAGGGUAUUAAGAGUUUUAAUUUUCAAGUCCCUUUACUCAAAAAGUCGCCUCGAUCGUCAGGCCAGGGUUCACUAACAUUAUCAUCGAUUUUCAUUUGCCAUCGAGCUUAAUUCGCUCGAGGUAUCUUCCCCUCCGGAAUCGCAGAAGGCCCUUGCAAAAUUCCUUGGUCCAUUGUUUUCCAUAUUCCCCCCUUUUUUUUCUAUUUUCUUUUAUCUCUUCUAAUAACUAGCGCUUCCCUCGCCGAGUUGCAAGGGAUAUUCGCGAUUCCGGUCGAUCGGUAAAGCCCGUUUUCGUUUCUCCCCCCUCGGACCCCACGUACGAAUGAUACUGUUGUAUACGUAAGAAAAUGUCUAUUGUACGAUAUAUAUAUGUAUAUAUAUAUUGUGCGCGAGACCUCGUAUGUACGUCGACUCGCGGCGCCCUAUUGGGCGCCAGGAUGGAAAGAAAUUGAAAAUAAAUGAAAGAAAACGUAGAACGGUUCGCGGUAAUCGCGUGGAGGUCGGAGGUCGACUCUGGGAAGGCAGUCGAAGAGUUCUGGAUGGUGGAAGAAAAUCAGGGAGGACAGAUGAAAAAUAUAUAAAAAAUUAAUUAACAGACCCUUCUCGAGCGGACCUCCGAGGCCACGCGGCGACGCAACGCGAGCCAAGAACUGAGCUGACGGCGCGACUCGUUCUUAGCAAUGUAUUUAUUUAAUCGAUAUUUAAUUGACAACUGUACAUACGCAUACACGUCGUUAUUUAUUGUCAGCGUCAGGUGCCGGCUAAAUUCGCUCGGCACCCUCCGUCGUUACACCCACGAUACCAUACGAGAACGCAUCGGAAACCGUCAGGUUGUUCGACGCGAACUUUCGGAUUUUCACCUCGAGGGAGACGUAAAAAUCCGCACUUUCACGGUGAACAAAUUUAAAUGCCCUGCGCAGGGAAAUCGGUCCUUCUACCACCGCCGAGUUUCUUUACUCGGUUGGAGCAAAAGUCAGGUCGCAGACCGAAGACUCUUAAAGUAAGCGAGUGAUUCGAUGAAUAUGCGAUACGCCUAUGUACCCGUGUAUAUAUCUAUGUACAUAGGAUAGGCAUUCGUUUCAUUGGACGCGUUUUUGGUGUGCGUCCUGGCUUAAGGGGAUGUGAAAGUGGUUACACAGAGGUCCCGUUAAUGAAACUAUUCUAUGAACUGCGUGUACCGAGUCGCGUCAAACUUUGCAACCUAAACAUGAAGGCUAUAAGGAAGGUCCUGGCCCUCGUGAAAUUUCAAUUUUUAUGCAAAAUUUUCAAAAUAUCUAUAGAGAAAUUUUGGAAAAAUUGAUAUUCUACGCGCGUAGGGACAUUCCUUUUAGCCUCCGUAUUCACAUUGUCAGGUUUGAAACGAUUCGGUACACCCAGUUAGGAGAAAAGUCUGAUUAACGAGACCUUUCGCAUCACCUUAACAGAGAAGGCGCGCGCGGGUUUGUCCAUGCCUGUCGUAAAGAGACUCGCCUGAGUCUCGCGCCAAAUACAGUGCGGGGCCCGACACUUCCAGGUCUUACUUAAACUCCGAUGUACUUAGGUCGGCAACUCGUUAGCAAGGUGAUCGAUGUUGGCUUGCGAUCGAUCGACCACACGAGUACACAGGAGGCGUACCGAGGACUCGGUUGCACGUGCAUACUCACGAGACACACACACAGACACACACACCUAGACACGCAUACACCCACACUCGCGCGAGUAUACACGAAGUACACGUAAAUACAAGUACGCUCGAAGAGAAGACCCCACCCGGUUCUUUGGAAGCACCGAUCUUGAUUCUUACCAGCACUCAUGAUCUUGAAUCAAACAUUCUCUUACCGGUUAAUGAAAAGGACAAAAAAAAAAGAAGAAAUAAUCACGGAUUACUACCGCUCGAUAGUAACUUUAAUCUUUGUAAGGGCAAUAAUAUUGUAAAUUUCGAGUACACUGUAUUUGAAUGUGUAAGUUGCAUAAAAAAGACAGAUUUUUUAGAUAUUGCA